AUGAGCACGAUUGACGAUACCUCCACUCCCAUGGAAAUGAUGAUGGAAGAGAACGAACUACAGAAGAAGCAGCUUCAGCAGCAGGUGGCUACUUCCUCACCAGAAACAGCACCCACCGCUGAGCCUUCCUCGCCAUCCUCCUUCUUGAUGACACCAGUGGCUUCUCCAAUGAAAGUGCACUCCAGCAAUCCAGGACUUUCGCCACUGUCAUCACUGAUAGAUACAGACGACAUCAUGGCUGCUGGUGGGCAUAACACCGGGCGACACAAGAAAUGGCACAAGACGGUUCCCAUCGAUACCGACUCUACCCGCCCGACCAAAUCAUUGCUUGCCCAAAUCGAAGCGAGUCGAGCCAUACAAGAUAGAUUGCGACAACACCAACAACACCAACCCAGCAGAAUGGACUUUAGCACAACUGCAUGUCCUUACCUUGAAUCGACGCAAACCUUGCAAACUCCAAAUGGACAGUUCUCUAUAUAUGGGGAUCAUCAGUCUCCCUAA